AUGGUGCACCCAAAUACUCGCCGCUCAACAGCGCUGCUCGUGCUGGUUGCCCUGGCACAUGUGGCGCGCCAUAGCUUCGUGGUUGCUCCCUUUCCGGCACUUCGGGUUCAGAGCUCCUUGCGCCUUUCUGGCAUUGUCAAGACGCGCGUGUUGCGCAAGGUGGGCGCAAAUCAGCAUUGGCCAUAUGGACUGGUGGAUGCUGAGGGCUCUGAGUUCUAUGCCCGUCAGUUGGAUGGCAACUUCUUCGCUGAUGUCAAGAACAGCGACCUUUUCCUGCAAGCUUUGAAGGAAGAUGCCGGGGAGAAGCAGGUGGAUGCAAUAGUGGACCGCGAGUCUUCCAUAGACAACCUCACGGAUGCGAUCUCCCGAGAUGGCAAGCUCACCUUGGUCUUGGGUGGCAAGAGUGUAGGCAAGAGCACAGUCACUCGGAGUGUCGUAGCGAAUUUUACACAGGCCAAACGCUCCCAGCGGACUGUGGUUUUCAUGGAUAUGCGAGAGAUGCCUUCGACAGAUUUUUUCACGGCUGUUCUGAGCACAGCUCCGCCAUUGAUGGCUCUUCGAAGUGCUGUUUCGGUAGCGGGGACAAGCAUUUUCAUAAGAUUUCUGGCAGGCGUGUUGUCUAUUGUCCCAAAAGUCGGCAAACUUGUCGCAGACAGCCUUGCUAAACUCCUGGACAACAUGGAUGGCAAGAUGAGGGAACAGGGAUUUGUCAGUCUCGUUCGGAGGGCAGGCAAGGGCAUUGCUAUCAUCGUCGAUGACGCGAACCUCGCGCUCCACGAGGACGGCAACGAUGCCAAAGCAGAGACAGCCAAGGCCGCUUUGGCUCAAAUCACCGGCAUCACCAAGCAGAACGUCAAAGCCUCGGUCAUCCUCAUCAGCUCCGAGCACGGCUACCCUUUCAAGUUGGCCAAGGCCGGUCUCAACCUACUCGACAUCAAGAACAUUAUCAUCGCUCCGGAAGUGCCGCCGGUCGACGUGUUCAAGAUGCUCACGGGCCACUGGGGCAUGGGGCCGAGACUGGCGCGCCUCUUCGUGGCCACCUAUGGCGGUUCCAUUGACGCAGUCUACACCGCUCUGGGCAACCUGAUGAGCGCAGGCGACCAGUUCUCUCCGCUGGCCACUACAUCCGUGCCGGGCAUCGGCAACUGCUUGGGUCAGGAUGAUGCCCGCGAGCACCUCAUCAAUAUCGCACUGGAUGGCUUUUCGCCCGUGUCCAGCUUGAAGCAAGAUGAGGGUGCACAGAUGGCUUCAGAAGAAAAUGUCGCAGGCAUCAUCCCCAAAAUGGCAAAAAGGCCGGGUCUGUGGCCCGAGGUUUUCCACGAGACCAAGAAGAAGUACGUCCUGUUGGCCUCCACGCGCCAUGUCCGAUUGUUGAUUUGCGAGGCGCUCCUUGACGAGGGCUACAUCCAGAACAGCGGUGGCAAAUUAUUGAGGGUUUCACCGAGUUGGUUUCAAAGCCUUCUCCAAAGAUUCAGAUGA